CCUCUUCCUUCUUGUGGGUUGGUUCAAGAAAUCACCCGAGCCUUGAUUUAAACCCAUAAUAAUUCCAAUACCAACUUCGACGGAGAUUUUUCGCAGAGUCAGCGAGAACACCUCAUACAUAGGUACCCAAUGAACCUUGCAGGAGACGCUUGCAUAACAUCCACCCAACCAGACGAGUGAACUAUAAGAGCAAUAGACAGCCAGGAUGUCCAAGCGCUCCCGGAGCAUCUCUAGAUCCUCCUCCGUUGGCCAACUUCCAGAGACCGGUUCAAAGCCCUCAUCGCCAUCAUUUUCCAUCACUUCUGUUGAACAAUCCAAAAAGCAUAUAUCUGACAGCGUCAAUUCUGGGACAGAAGUAAUGCAUUGCUCACUGCCGCCGCAUCGGGAGACGCUCUCGUUCCCCUCAUAUGAUGAUUACGAAGUUCAUUAUAAACAAAUGCAUGUUAACAGAUGCACAGCGUGUGGAAAGAACUUCCCCACUGACCGGUUCUUGAAUCUACAUAUCGAGGAGAACCAUGAUCCUCUGAUUGCCGCGAAAAGGGACCGGGGAGAAAAGACUUAUGGGUGUUUUAUUGAAGAUUGCGAGCGGAAAUGCUCCACGCCCCAGAAACGCAGGAUGCACUUGAUAGAUAAACAUAUGUUUCCUAAGACCUACAAUUUUUAUAUAGUGAACGAUGGUAUAGAUAAGCAGACAUCUAUGCUACGGCUAGUGAACUCGCAUAGGCGUCGAAUUUCGGCAAGUCCAACUUCCCCGCAGGAAGGUCGGCUUAGACACCGACAAAGCUCUCUAUCUCACACUAAACCGGUUCCUGGACAGGACAUAGCCCCUCAGCCACAAACGGGUGAUUUGGAAAUAGCCCAACUCGAGAGGUCUAUGUCUUCUUUGCGAUUUGUCCCAGCGAGCGUUACAAGGGGCCAUGGUAGACGAUUUACCUGACCAGAGAGGAUCAUAUAACGAAGCAACGAAUUACUGAUGGUCACAAUA